AAGCGGGAUUCUUCAAGGAAAAGAGGGUGCUAAAGAGACAAACAGGAGAUGUCUGCCACACUGUGGGGCGCUGGUCCGUCCUGGAACGCUUCAGGUCUACUGAGAACAGACCCAGUACCCGAGGAAGGAGAAGAUGCUGUUGCCACUAUCAGUGCCACUGAGACCCUAUCAGAGGAGGAGAGAGAAGAGCUAAGAAAAGAACUUGCAAAGGUAGAAGAAGAAAUCCAGACUCUGUCUCAAGUGUUAGCAGCAAAAGAGAAGCACCUAACGGAGAUCAAGCGGAAACUCGGGAUCAAUUCGCUCCAGGAACUAAAACAGAACAUUGCCAAAGGGUGGCAAGAUGUGACAGCCACGUCUGCGUACAAGAAGACCUCUGAAACCUUAUCUCAGGCUGGACAGAAGGCUUCAGCUGCUUUUUCAUCUGUUGGAUCAGUCAUCACCAAAAAGCUGGAAGACGUAAAAAACUCCCCAACAUUCAAAUCGUUUGAGGAAAAGGUUGAAAACUUAAAGUCUAAAGUAGGAGGAACCAAGCCUGCUGGUGGUGAUUUUGGAGAAGUCUUGAAUUCGACUGCAAACGCUAGUUCCACCACCACGGAGCCUCUUCCAGAACAGACACAGGAGAGCCUUGUGUUCGAAAUUACAAAAUGAUACUGUAGAUAUUGCCCCCUGCUUUGAAAACUGAGUGUCAGGGCUGAAUGAACCAAAGCCUCUGGAAGUAUCUGCAUGGAGGCCAAGGUACUCUAUUAAUUCUAAUGACUACUUACUCAUCACCAUCUUUUCCUUAUGCUGUGUAUGGUUAUGGCCUACAAUGUUGUAUUUGUUAUUUAUCAAGUUGUGAUUGUUUUAUUAUUGUUUAUGCCAAAUGUUAAUUGCCAAGCUUGGAGUGACCUAAAGCAUUUUUUAAAAGCAUGACUAGAUUUACUUUGGGAUAAAUUAUCUUAUCCAAAUCUGAAAAGCUACAAGUGUUGAUUGUUAUAAAAUAUUGAUAACAUGCUGCCAUUCUUGAUUGCUGGAGCUUUUGUUAGCACUUCAGAUGCAACUGAAACUAUGCUCUAUUACAUGUGAAAAGCUUAAUAAAUUGUGUAUAUCAGUAGUACAGGUCUCAAUAUUUAUUAUGAGACCAGUGGUCUGGAAACAGCUUGUUGUGUUACAUAAUCAACCGGUAUCUAUGCUUUAAAAAAAAAAGGCCGUUUUUUACCAUCUGCUUUAAAUCACUGCUUCAUGGUAUUAGACUACCAUAAAUUAUUUACUGGAAAAGGCUUUAAGGCAAAGGUUGUUGAAGCAUUGUCCUAGAGGAGUCGACAUGUAGAAAUUUGUCUUUUUAUAGAAAUAUUGUGGUUACUCAACAUAGCUGUUAAAGUAUUUUUUCAACCAAUUAGUCUUUCAGUUGUUUUUAUCACAUCUUCUUUUCAUCACAUUGUUUCUUGGAUGUCCAGCCCUACUGUUGUCUUUUUAACAAAGCAAAAUGGAGAAGAUGGCAGUUUCUUCAGUUGAGUGAAAUAUCCUCAAGUCUCCUUACUUUAUGAGAGAAAUGAUAGAACUAGGGUUGGAAGGUGGGAUGGGUAUAUGUGGGUAUUGGUGAUGGUUGUAAAAGAAUAAAUUGGAGAAUCACUGUUCUAGACAUCUACCUACACUUAAUUUAGAAAUGAUUUAAUCUGUUGCAGAGUACUCUACCUCUUAAAAGCAACAAAACAGUAGAGGGACGGUAAAUUUAGAAAAAUAAACAUCGACUUAGAAAUAUGAUUCCAAGUAGUCUUUGUGGAAGAUUCAAUAUUAUGAAUUCACAGAUAUUUAAGCAAUUUAGAACACAGUAAUUACUAAGAACAGCAGAGAGGGGUCCCGGUCAUUCUACUGUGUUUUGUGUUUGACACUGGAAAAACAUAGCAACAAGAGUGAAAUCUCAGAUAUUUAAGGAUUCAAGAAGUGUGACAGAAGAAAAUAAUUCCUGAAAUUAUCCCCUUCUUACAAAGGAACUCCUUAAUUUAUGGAGUUUGUGGGAAAUAAAGCAAGAAUUCUCAUACCUAUGAGGCCAAAGUAAUCAAUGGAAGAGAGGAGAAACCAUUGGACUAUCCUAGUAGUAACUGAAACUACUGAAAUAGAGAAAAAACAUGUUGAAUUUGGACUCACUACUUCUGGAUCUGUUAAGGAAAAGAUAAUACUGUCUAUUUUUUUUUGUAUAGUAUUUGAAAACAAUAAAAAUUCUAUAAUUUGG